CAUGGCUGCUUCUGCUAAUAGGCGCCUCUAUGGUGGCCUGCUGUGUCUGGGCAGUUUUACCGUCUCGUUGGCCGGCGGCCCUACAGCCUACGGAUUUACCCUGUUAUUGUAGCACGCGAGGUGUUUGCUGGAUUUCCUUCCUCAUCCCCCCGUAAAUAUAUUCAUAACAACACUAUUAAAGACAAAUCAAGGGACACAUCGUGGAUUCUCCUAUCAUUGCUGUGUAGUCCGUGAGUGUAUGUGUGUCAAGUCGCUCCUGUCCAGCGACAGCAGAGUCCCGAAGAUAGUAUCAGUCGCUACAUGAGUCGGGCGCGACAACUCCAGCAACAGUGCCAGCUCCGAGCUUCUUCUGGACCAGUAUUGUCGCUGAAUACCAGCAGGAGCGAGCGGCGCCUCAGCAACAGUAUAAAGCUCCUCCUACGCCUUGUUAGUUUGACACUGUUACCAGCUUCGCUGUUGCCGUUGUUGUUACAGUCACACCUGGUGGUCCAGGUGUUGCCUUCGUCCUCGCUGUAUCUGACAGAACGAAAAACGAGCUUAGACUUUUAUUGACCAGGAGGGAGGAGAGAGAUCUGACGAACCGGCUGACGAGAUGAUCAUGUACACAGUCGCCGAUGACCACAUGGGGGAGUCCGAGAUUGCUCAGUUCAUAGCGCUUAUAUGCGGCAUGUGCGUGGUGGUGCUGAUGAUAAUGGGCCUUAUGUCGACUGACUGGCUGAUGGCCGAAGGUUUUCGGCAGGGUCUCUUUUCUCACUGCAUAGCCGAGGGCGCGCGCACUCCAUUGCCCUUCAACAUUGUCGAUCCCCCUGGCUGCUACUCGGUCCGAAAUGUCGGUUACAUCAAGGCAGCUGCUAUAUUAUGCGUAGUAUGUUUAAUUGCUGACAUAGCAGCGACAAUAUUGACGGGUCUCGGCCUCCGAACCCAAGAUCACUACAAAAAGAACAACUACUACAGAUUAGGAGUCUUUUGCAUGGGAGGCGCUCUUGUUGUUCUGCUGAUAGCGCUGGUCAUAUAUCCAGUUUGCUUCACAGCCGAGCUUAAUUUCGGUAACCGGCCAAUGUGGGAAUUCGGCUGGGCGUACGGUGUCGGCUGGGGUGCGGCGAUCUUCCUGUUUGGCGGGGCGAUGUUGCUGCUCUGCGACAAGGAGAGCGAGGAAAUCUACUACAAGGAGCGUAAAAUCGUCCGCGAGGACGUAGCGACGGGGAUGAUAGGCUCGGGCAACAACUCGAUAGGGGCGAACCACCCGAUGAUGAACUCUUCGUCAGCAAUGUCGGGACCCGGUGGCGCCCCGGCGCUACAUCACCACCACCACAAUCACCAGUCCCAUCACCAUCCCGGGGGUGCCAGCGCCGGCGGACCCGUCAGAAGUGGCACUCAGCUCGCCUAGUGGCAUUGCUCCCUGCCCGACGUUGUUCUCUAGGGCUGAGCUUGUGUAGUACCCGGUUGCUUAUCACUACACCUUGCGAGCACUUUGACCGGGUAUUAUGCAGGUCUCGCCUAUGCCACACACGUGCAAACAGCAGCAGCAGCAGCAGCAGCAACAGCCGAACAGACAACAAUGACACGAGCUAAUGUUUGGAAAAAAAUCAGCAGCACCAGGCGGACAGACUGCAUCAGACAGGAUUCAGCUAUCAUCACCACCAUCAUCAUCCUCACUCUUCUUCUUCAUAUUCUUCUUCUUCUUCUUCUUCUUCUUCUUCUAUACCGACGACGAUUCGAGGUUCCACUAGUCGUCGUCGUCGUCUCUGUUAUCCUCGUCAUUGAUCGUCAUUAUUUGUCGCAGCGCAUCAUCAUUCACUGACACUGUGUAUACCUAACACGUAUUUCCUCGCUUCCAAAUACGGAUCGAGUCUGGACUCUGGACUAUGGUAUUAAACGUGGGAUCUUUUAUAAUCGGGCAUCCGAGAGAUAUAGAGUAAGUGGUUCUUUUUUUACGAUCAAUGAUCAUGUGAACGUUUGCGGGACUAUAGAGAAUCUUGCAUUUGCUCGGCUCUGACCAAGAUUUUUUUUUUUUUUUUUACGUCUGGCUCUUAUUGAGAAUCUGACGCAUCGCUCGUGAUGUAUGUAGUGCCACGAAGUCAUCUUUAACAUUGGUUUGAAAAAUAUUGGACUCAAGUGCCAUGAACAUUGUUUAUUUAUUUGAGGUAAGUCGCAUUGGAAAAAAAACAUUUCUGAGAAUCAAUGAAAUAAGUAUUUACUUAAAUAGUUCCAAGUAAAUUGUCUUGAAACAAGAUGGUAUUUUUUACGCUAAGAAUAUUUUCUAAUGUAAAAUAAACGUUUUCUUCAUUUUCUCGAGAAAGUACAAUCUUAAUUCAAGAGAUUAUUAUUUUGCCCGGUACUGUUCCAGUAAAUACUCUCUUGGUUCUCAAAAUUUUUGUUUUCCUCAGCGAAUAACAUCGAAUGGAAUAUACAAUCGAGGUCUUUCGUUUCAAAAUUUACUUUCCAAAAGAACGUAUGUUAAUUUUCCUUUUUUUUUUUUUUUUUUUUUUUUUUUUGUUAAAUCGAUAAACUAUGGCUUGUUGAAGUUCAGUUAACUUUAAAAGACUGACAAGUCGGUGAAGGUUUUCCUUGACUGACGGACACAAACUGCGCAAUCCAAUCGUUUCUGUCCCGGAUGAUCCUCGAAAGGAAAAUUCGGUCCAAGCUGAUGACGAAGCCACGCGACUAUUGUAAACUUUAACGUACCAACUCACCGAGUUACCAUACAUUAUUGACGUUAGACAAGAUGAGCACGAUUAACUUGUCCAUUGCUUGAAAUUUAGUGCUAAGCCAUGAUUUAGCACAACGCGCUCGACCCAACACAAAUACUCGACAAUGGGAUUCCCCUGUAUUUAAAAUUAUGUGAAAUUCCCUAUUCCCUUGACUUGUAAAAUUUUCUUCAUUGACGAUCCUCGCGUAUACUCGCGUACCUAUCAUCACGCCACAUGUGGGAAUACAUAUUUAUGUUCGUACAAGUGCGGCGUGUAUAUAUGUGUGUAUACAAAACUUAGGGAUUUUUGCACACGUAUAAACAUUGAGCAAAAAGAAAAGGUCGAGUACUGGGGACGAGCAAAUGCGAGCUAGAUCUUGACCGGCUACCGAGCAAAGAGAAAGGAAUCCCGAAGAGCGGGACCAGCGUCAGGUGCAUGCUCUAAUUCGCGUGAUACCUAUACACACCGAGAUACACAUGAGAAAAGCCGCGUCGCCCAGUCGAUGGUACAGCGUAUACAUAUAGGGUUGCGCGUGCGAGGGGAGAGAAACCAGAGUGCACGGGG